UGGAACCACUUAAUGCGAUUUCACCUUCCCUGUUUUUCUCCCUUUCACACAAAAAUUAAAAUAUAAUAAUUAAAAAAAUCAUGUCACACCAAAUAUCUUAUUUACCGUAAUACCAUAUCUCAUAAACUCCUUAUUCGAGUAUCUAUUCUCAUCUAAAUCACUUCUAAAGUUUUCUCUCAUCAAAAACAUACCCCAAAAGUUUUGUUUUCUUUGUUUGGUCAGAAGAAGAUGGAGUCCGGUAAUAGUAGUAGCAUGCAAUCUUCAAGCGGCGGUGGAAGAGGAGGCGAAGAAGAGUACGAUUCACGCGCCGUCGAUCAAUCCAUCUCAGCCUUCGACCACCACAACCACCACGUACCAUCCCUACCUCCGCAGCAACAAAGCCACCUUAACCUCCUCCACUUCGACCACAACAACGACAACAACUCUCUAAUACUACCAAACUACUUCAACAACAACACGUUCUUACCCAUAAACCAACAACCCGACCCGACAUCUCAACCCGACCUCCGUACCUUCUCCGCCACAUCAUCAUUCCCUCCUCCUAACAACAUAGGAGUAACCAAGAAACCCAAGAAAAGAUCACGAGCAUCAAGAAGAGCACCAACGACGGUUCUAAUGACGGAAACUUCGAACUUCCGGGCGAUGGUUCAAGAGUUCACCGGAAUCCCAUCUCCGCCACUAUUUAACAACUCCGUCGUGAACACCACACGCCUCAACACUUUCCUCGGCCUGUCUUCUUCUUCAUCACCAAACUCUUACAACAACAAUCUCUUGUUACGACCUUUCGCUCAACAACUCCUCCCAACAACGUCUCCUCUCUUAUCCGGAUCACAGAUUCAUCAGCAAUAUCAAAACCCUAACAACGGUUUCGAGAAUAUUAAUCUACAGUCUCUUCUUCAAGCUCAGAUUUCAAACAUUACUUCAAACCCUAGAAGCAAUAAUAACGAUCAGUUUGGUCAAGCUAUGUUGCAGAGUGCAUCUACUACUCCUAUGACGACAACGGCAGUGGUUAACGGGAACAUAACAACCGGUGAAAAUGGAGGUUACGGUGGUUCCGAUCAUGAUCAUAAUAAUGACAGUACGUGGUUAUGUUCAUCUUCUGACCAAAGAACAUAAUAGUAUGUGUAUAUAUAUAUUGUCCGAAAUCAAAGUUAGUCUGUUGACAUGAUUAUUCAACAAAUUAAAUAUAGCACAUAUAUGAUGAUGAAGUUACUCGUUCA